GUAAAGCGUCCGUUUCAAUUAGGUUGGGUAGGGACGUAACGUAACUAUUCAUCAUCAUUUGAACUCCCCCCACACAGUGACGUCACUCAUCAUUCGUUUAUCCCAAGAACGCAAGAACACAAUUCUCACUCUCACUUCCAAAAAUUCUUGAUCGUUUCACAUUUCACAUUCCCAAUCUUCUCUCUUUUUUUCUCAAUGGGAAAAGGAGGAGGCUGCGUUCCCAGCAAGAAAAAACAACCACCCGUAGCCGAAGAAUCUCCGCCACAACCCACUCCAGAAUCCGAAGAAUCAAUCCAAGAACCACCCUUCACCGUCACUAAACUCAAAAUCUUCAUCGUCUUCUACUCCAUGUACGGCCACGUGGAAGGUUUAGCCAAGAGAUUGAAGCAAGGCGUGGACGCUGUCGAAGGUGUGGAAGGGGUUUUGUACAGAGUGCCUGAGACAUUGUCGAUUGAGGUCUUGAAUCAGAUGAAAGCGCUUCCGAAAGAUGAAACUAUUCCGGUGAUAUCGCCGGACGAGCUUCCGGCUGCUGAUGGUGUUUUGUUUGGGUUUCCGACUAGGUAUGGUUCCAUGGCCGCGCAAAUGAAGGCUUUCUUUGAUUCUACGGGGAGUUUGUGGCAGGGGCAAAAGCUUGCUGGAAAACCGGCUGGGUUUUUUGUUAGUACUGGGACUCAAGGUGGCGGUCAAGAAACUACUGCUUGGACUGCGAUCACUCAGUUGGCACAUCAAGGAAUGUUGUUUGUUCCUAUUGGAUAUACAUUUGGACCUGGAAUGUUCAGUUUGGAUUCCAUUAGAGGUGGUUCUCCAUAUGGUGCAGGAGUGUUUGCGGGUGAUGGCUCAAGAGAGCCAAGUGAAACAGAGCUUGCACUAGCUGAGCAUCAGGGCAAAUAUAUGGCUGCCAUAGUCAAGCGGCUCGCCAAGUCGUGAUGCUGAUUUCUUGAUUUCAUUCUAUUAUUGUUGGUCAUCUGUAUGUUUUCCACCUUCUCAAACUGAUUCUAAUAUUUUAGCAGUGUGUUGUGACGAGGAAUGACAGUUCUUUAGCACACUAUCAGUGCCAAUUUUGAUGGGGAUAGGGAUCCCCAUGUUGUUAUAAGGUUUUGCAUUGUUCUGGAAGCUGUACAUGUUUCUAAAUAUACAAAUCUUAUGUUGAAUUUGUUUAUCUUCAUAUCCAA